CUAUGCUAACUUAAACCGAAAUCCGAUGUAUCGAAAGCAAAAUUGUUCCAUUUUGUAACAAUAAAUGGUUUCAUUCACCAUUUACCUCGUGCAUUUCAUAUUUUCCCCCAUUAUAUAUGUACGUGAAUCCUAUUAUAUCUUCAGUUGACGUAUUAAAUCUUUUUCGUUGCGAAAAUAAUUGGCAUGCAAACCAAUUAUACGAUACGGUAUCCUCGAUCUAUUUAUGCUAAAAAUAUCCAUUCAAAACGCUGUUCCAAGUUCAUUGAAUAUAAGUAAUAUUUAGAGGUCCGAAAUAUAAUGUAGGUAAAAUUGUGAAUUCGAGCUCUCUUCAAACAUAAUUAUGACGGUUAUAUAAUCAGACCCACGUGCGAGAGAAGUUAUAGCAUAGAUAAGUAGAGCUGAAUGUGUUAAACGGGACAAAAAUAAACUAUCGUUUCAAUGUUAGGUCAUAUAUUUGUUCACAAGUAAACUUAACACCGUGAAAAUAAUCACGCGAUAAGUCGAAAUGGUAGAUUACGAAUUAGAAAAAACUGUGGUCGAAUUGUAUAGUGAAAACAAGUGGAAAGAAAUAGUGAGUUUGAAAGAUACAGCAGACUGUUUUCAAAAGCUUAGACUUCUGUGGGUAUGGCCAGAUUUUGAUGACUUAAAUUGGUUGCAAAAUAUUAUUACAAAGAAAAAUGUUCAUGAAAUCGUAAGCAUAGGAUGCGGUAGUGGAUUGUUGGAAUGGUUACUUCAGAAAUACUUGGGGAUCGUUAUCAUUGGUGUUGAAGUCGACCGAAAAUGGUGGUCCAGCGGUUAUUCUCCGCCGUUAUUUUUAAAUACUAUUCACUUCAUAGACGAAGAAAAUGACAGUUUUAAAAUUUUGCCAUCUCAAGCUUUGCUGUUUUGCUAUUUUAACAAUGGCCCCGCGUUUCUCAAUUACAUGAAUCAAUACGGGGGGAAAAUUGUUAUAAUCAUAGGCCCUGGCGAAGGUCGGGGAUCUUGUACAGAUCCGGCUCCAUUUGAUAAAAAAAUUUUGGAUCUUGGAUGGAUAUUAGAAUCAGUUAGGGAGAUUAGGAACACAAAAGAUUAUAUCGCUGUGUAUGUUAGGUAAUAGUGGUUUUUUAGGCACUUUUCAUCGUAUGCAUAUAUUGUAUGU